UGAGGUCGGGAGAGCCCCUUGCUCUCUCCUCCUCUAGUUCUCCGGCCGCCCUUGUCCGCAGCGCUGACCCCUACAGCACCAGAAAUUGUCCUUGCAAAAUGAGCCAGCUUCCUCCGAAGAGUCCUUUGGCAUCCCUGGUGUCAGAGGGCACGAAUUCCAGGGUAGAGGCUUUGGACAACUUGUCAAUGGACAGUUUUUGGCUAGAAGUAGAGAACAUUAAACAGAGCGCUGAAGCCGAGCAAGAGGAAUGCAGCCUUGCAGAUCUCAAAACACAAGAGGAGGGAGAAGCUGAAGCUGAGUGGCUCCAGGACGCGGGUCUGUCUGAGCUCCUCGGAGACCGUGGCUCAGACAGUGACAACCUCGUGCUGCUCUCCACCCUGACCCAGACCCAAGCGGCCGCUGUGCAGCGCCGGCUGGACACCUACUCCCGCUCCCGCCGGAGAAAGAACAAGCACUCUGUGCGUGAUGUCCGGGACAUUUUCGGAGUGGCCAGCUCGGAGGAGACAGCAGCAGAGAAAGAGGAGUCCAACCCAGAUCUGUUGUGGCAGAAUCUACAGACUACAAAUGCACAGAGAAAAAUUCGAGACAAUUUCUCCUCUGUAUCAGAAACCCAGGGUUACUCCUGCACAGUUCGAAACCCUGGAAAAGAGGAGACGUUCAACAUGGAUGUUGCCUACUCAGAGCAAGCAGCUGUCCUCCUCAAGGGAUCCUUCCUGUCUGAAUCUAGGAAGUUAAAGGAUGGAAAUGCUCUAACUAAAUUUAAGAUCCUCAAGGGCAGACUAGGAGUGACCAGGAUUGGAGAUCUGUCUGCUCAGGACAUGAAGAAGAUCCCCACACUGGCCCUCAUUGAACUGACAGCUCUCUGUGAUAUCCUGGGCUUUGAGCUGAAGAGAAACAAAGCAGCAAAACUGAAAACAACAGAGAAAAGGCUUUUCGGAGUUCCACUCAACACCUUGUUGGAAAAUGACCAAAAGCUGCUCCCCAACACCAAGGUUCCUCUGCUACUCCAGGCACUCUUGUCCUGCUUGGAGAAGAGAGGACUUGAAACAGAGGGCAUUCUGAGAGUUUCUGGGUCUCAGACCAGGAUCAAGAGUUUGGAACAGAAGCUAGAAAGGGAGUUCUACACUGGCCUUUUCCACUGGGAUGAAGUGCAUCAGAAUGAUGUGUCUGGGCUGCUGAAGAGGUUCAUACGGGAGCUGCCAGCCCCACUGCUAACAGCAGAGUACCUCCCUGCUUUUGCUGCUGUGCAAAAUAUUCCAGACCUGAAGCAAAGGUUGCAAGCGCUGAACCUCCUGAUCCUGAUUCUGCCAGAGCCCAACAGAAACACUCUAAAGGCUCUACUUGAGUUUCUCAGCAAAGUGGUUGCCAGGGAGAACAACAACAAAAUGAACCUCUGGAAUGUUUCCACAGUCAUGGCCCCAAACCUCUUUAUGCACAAGGGGCUGCCAAACAAGAUCCCUGAAGGGAAGGAGAAGCAGCUGGCAGAGGGAGCGGCUGAUGUGGUACGGAUGAUGAUACAUUACCAGGAUCUGCUCUGGACAGUCUCCUCUUUUCUGGUAGCUCAAGUGAGAAAGCUGAACGAGAGCAACAGCAAAAGGUACCAGUUCUGUGACAAGCGAAUUAAAAAUUUGUUGCGCAAGAUUCACGUUGAUAAAGAUAAGGUGGAAAAGAACCAGGCAGAGCCUUCGAAGAUUGUGAAAGUCCACGCAUCACUCCUCCUGAAGGACUCACUGGAGGUGCAUUUGAACAAUGCAACCAGGGUUGCAGAUGUCCUCAGGCAGUUUCAAAAGAACCUGUACCAGAAUGGCUGGAAUAUUGUUAACACUGUCAACCUCCUCAAGUGUAACAACUCAACAGAGUGCACAAACUUAUUUCUGUAUGAAGUGGGAGGUAAUAUUGGUGAACAUUGCCUGGACCCAGACACUUACCUCUUGGACUUGUACCACAUCAACCCCCAUGCUGAGUGGAUAAUUAAGCAAAACCCAUCUUUUCCUCGGAUGUUCUAAGGGAAAGAUGAGAAAAACAAAGCAUUUGGUUGAAGUUUUUGGAAGUUAUGGAAUGUAAAAGAAGAAAGGUCAACCUGAAGAUUUUAGAAAACAUCUGUCUAUUCUGGAUUUGCUCUUUUUUUUUUUUUUUUUUGGUCGGAUCCACCAUUUGGAGGAGAGACAGUCAAAUUGCUGCAGUGGUAUUAAGGAUAUCCCCUUGGUAAGGUCCAUGAUUGCCUGGUGCACAUCACCAGAAGUUGAGACCAUAGGUUUCACUAAGAGACACUGUUAUGUUCUUUGAAGAAUGAAGAAGGGUGUUUGCAAAAAGGCCAGGUGGAAUGUGAUGCCAACAUCCUGUAUUUAAUGAUUGCAGAUAAAUACAUACACAACAUAAAGAACAUAACUUUCCCUGCAAAAAAUGGACAGCAACCUUUCAGAUGUGCAGUGUGACAAGAGAGAUGUGUGUCCCAUACAGCUCUGCUGGUUAUGCAAAACCAAAUCUACAGGCUGCCAUUGAUGAGGGUAAAACAUGCAUUUAUUUUGCUGGACAACCUAUAUGUCAACAGAAAACAGGAAAUAUUCUGAAGUUAAUUUGAGGUUAGUAAUCUGACCUGGCCACAUAAACUGAACAUCUUUGUGGAGGAUUCUGUGUGAACAUGUCUGUCCAAAACAAACCAAGCCUCCCCUGAGAUGUGAAGUGGCUGAACUGAGAGGUCUAUGCCUGUGCCUGGUCACACAGUGGGUACUGAACUGAGCCUUCAUUGCUCCAGCUGCACAUUUCCAUCCCUCACAGCACAAUGUGGUCGCUGUGGGUGGAGAAUGAGGGUAGAGCAAAACACUUGCACCUCACAUUGCUGCUGCAUCAUCAUCAUCCAACCCCAGUUAAAAAGGACUCUACUCCUGGAGGAGGAGCACAGAAGAAUUGUAUUCCUUUGUGAUGUUACUGAAAUACCUUAUGUGAGGGAACCCACUGUGCAGUUACAGAGGAUGGAACAUGCAUCGUAUCCAGAAAUCCGGAUGUCUCUUUUUAUGUCCCGUUAUUAAACACUGUUGGAUAUUUAUUCCUGUGGCAGAGGCAGGGCUGCCCUGCAAGUGUAUGCUCAGAGUAUUUCAUUUGCCAAAUUCUAGGUGCACUAGUGACAAUCUCCAGUAUUAUUUCUUUUGUUAAAUGAAUUGGUUUCCAUUGCAAUCUGAAUUUUCCCCCCUCUCCUUUUUUUCCCCCGAGGCUGAUGUGUAGCUUUCCUUACUCUUUAUCUCAAACUCCUAGUUUCUGUUGUAAGGGCACUUCACUCUGUCUGUGUGGUUAAAUUCUUGUGGUGGUUAAGAUCCUAGAAGAACAGGUGAGCCAUACUCCAUAUUCUUUCCAGCCUGUUAUGAACAGUAUGUGAGUGGUGGUGAUAUCUUAAAAUUAUGCAUAUAUUAGAGAGUCUGUCUAGUAUUUUUUGGUUGAGAUGAUGCAGAUGCAUUGACUGGUUGGACCAUCUUCAUAGCUGUCUUCUUAAGAAAUGAUAAUAUAAACUUGCAAAAAAACCACCUCCCAACCCUGACCGAGAUCCCCGAUGUCAAGAAUUCUUGAGGGAGGUGCCCCUUUUAUGGGGUUUAAAUUGUGCCUAAAAGAGCCUGAUUGUUUUCCUUGAGGAUGAGAAAUUUGUGCCUUGAAAGAUCAAGCUGCUUUAAAAUGGGGCAUUAAAAAUCAAUGGUACCUAUUUACUCAUCACUUGUAGAAUUCUUUGUUGCAGUGAUGGAGUUGGCAAAGAGCGAAUGCCAGAAAUGUGAUAACUCAAGAAAUACCCAACUCAUAAAGGCAUGGGUGUGAGCUCAAAGAUCUUUUGCAGGCUAAAUUGCACCCCUGCAAAUCACAUAAUGCUGCAUUUUUUUUCCACCCCUCAUAUGCUGGUUUAUGAAACAUACUGUCAGUAUGUAUUGAGAGGUCACUACAUCACUGCUACUGUAAACUACAAAUGAUUGGGUUUUUUUGAAAACCAAACAAUGUGAAUCAGUGCUGUGAAAACCAAGGUUCGUGGGAGAUUCUUAAGAGACAAAUAUCAGGUCUCAAACAUGAAAGGAAAUGUAAAAAAAAAAAAA